CAACGGCAAAUCGAAUGUAAAGUUACUAUAAAAAGAAGCUAUAAAAUGUUUAUAUCUCGCUACAAUCAAACGAUGUGAACGGGCACCAACCGUAAAGUGCAAUAAUGCACUUUCAAAUGUUUUCAAAUAUGAUUUCAAAAGCAUGCCGACUGCCGAGAGAAUUUAUUUCCUCUUUCCUAAUAAAUCCCUCACUGAAAAUAAUACAAGGAAGCUAAACUAAACAUCAGCGCACAACGGGCAAGCGCAUACUUUUGGAACGCACUGUGCCCGGGCCAGCUGUCAAUUUGUGCGCAUCAAAUGUAAACAAACAAACCGGUGUGCGGGUGUUUUGGUUCGGUCCAGCAGCACAGUCGUGCCAGGUAACUGAAAAGAAAUGUGGUGUUAAAACUUAAUUUUACAUUGUGAUUGCUCAGCAUUGUGAUAUGAAACGUUUAACGAAGCGUCCAGCCAAAGAGUAUGCAAAGCCAUGUUCCAAGCAGCCUUCAAGUACUACAAAUCGAGAAAUCCGCCACCUUCGUUCGAGGAUGUGCUGCUGAUCGGUAGCGACCAUCCAAACCUGAAGCCAGUGCAGUUGGGCAACAUCGAUGGGCAAUGUUUCGCGGGCCUGCUGUCACCGAGCGAAUGGAAGGUGCACGAACUGACCAGCCGACCCGGGCUGGUCGUCGUGGCCAAUCCGUUCACUGCCGAGGCGCAGCGGCAGUGGAUGACGCGUAGCUUGGCCGACUAUCCGACCCCCCCAAACACCACCAACCAGAGCGCUGUAGGCCAGCUGGCGCGGGAUGCUGGCGGCAGCUGGUGGGAGCAGCUGCAAACCAUACCGACCCCGGCCGAACGACGCAAGUUCGCCAAAAGCUUGCGCUGGGCCACACUGGGCUAUCAGUACGACUGGACAAACAAGCUUUACGACGAGGCACGGCGCGAACCGUUCCCACCCGAGCUCGGUGCGCUGGUCCGGUAUAUCGCGAGCACCCUCGGCUACGAUCGCUUCUCGCCGGAGGCGGCCAUCGUAAACUACUAUCCGGCCGGGGCGACACUAGCCGGCCACACGGACCACUCGGAGGACGAUCAAACGGCGCCUCUGUUUUCGUUAAGCUUCGGCCAGCCGGCAGUGUUUCUGAUCGGCGGCACUAGCCGGGAGGAGCAACCGGACGCCCUGCUGCUGCGGAGCGGCGACAUCGUCGUUAUGACGGGGGCGAGCCGGCUCUGCUAUCAUGCGGUGCCGCGCGUUUGUAUCGACGCGGAGCUGCCCGAGGGCCUGGGCUGCAGUGCGGCACGGUGGGCAGUGUUGGAGGCGGAGCGGCAGGACGCGGUGCAGUGGGGCGCUGCCGCCGAGGAGUACAUGCGGCACAGUCGCAUCAACAUAAACGUUCGGCAGGUGUUGCGGGAAAACCAGCAGACGCUGCAGCGGUCCGGGUUGGGCUGAGCAGUGGGAGAGCUGUAAAAGUGUGUGUGUGUUAAAAUGCUAUAAAUGUAUUGGCAACGAGCCGAUCAAGUAGUAUCGAUUGCUUUAACGAUAAUCUCACACGCUUGCCGGGUGAUGUGAUGUGGCAAGGCGAGCUGAUCGAUUAAGAGCUUCUUUUAAGAUGGCAAAGGUAGUUUUUUACGCUACAGAGAGCUCAGAAGAGAUUAGGUAACAUCGGCGAGCAUGAAGAAAAUGCAAUUACUUGUUAAAAAACAACUCCGGCAUUGUAUAUGCUUUACAAACAAGACUCGUUAUGUACUGUCCGCACCUGACGAUGGAACGAUUUAUCUCAAUCUGCUUCGAAAGAGCUGCAGCAGCACGCUCCAUUCCGUCUUCAUUGCAGCGUGUUAGUUUGUUGCUGAAAAUGCAGCAACAUUUCUUUCAUAUUGAUGGGUGCACAUAAACCCGCUAAUGGCCCCGAUGCACAGUGGAAGCAGGCCGGGAUAAAAAGAGGCAUUUUCGCUUUAAAGUAGAUAAUAUUUACAGUAAGAAAGCCAAAAGAUAAGGUUUCUAAAACCCAUAAUUUUGGAUCAAAAUUGUUUUUACAUCAAAAACAAAAAACAAAUGUUUUAAAUCAUUUAAAAAUGUUUCAAAUCGUUUAAAAACAAGACAUAUGCAAUGAACCUCUUUAAACGACAAUAUUUCUGACACUACGGCUCUGAAUUCAAAUGAUUUUAGUGUUUUGGAAAGGUCAAUAAAUACGCUUUAAUAUGCGUGCAUUAUUUUUGGAAAAA